CUUCUUAAAACGAGCCCGCCCCGCCCCGCCCCGCCGGCCGCCGGGACGGAGCGCGGUGACGUGACGUACCGGUGACGUGAUCGCCCUCCGCCGCUGUGCGACGUGGCCUUCGCCCGGCAGCGCCAACGGUAACCAUGGAUCAGGUAAUGCAAUUCGUGGAGCCCAGCCGACAGUUUGUAAAAGACUCCAUACGACUUGUGAAAAGAUGCACCAAGCCUGACAGGAAAGAGUUCCAGAAGAUUGCCAUGGCAACAGCAAUAGGCUUUGCGAUAAUGGGAUUUAUUGGUUUCUUUGUCAAAUUGAUCCAUAUCCCAAUCAACAAUAUCAUUGUAGGUGGCUGAAUAUUCAUCAUGAAGAACCAGACCUUGUGACACGUGCUGCAAGGAUUUCACAGCUUUGUAACUCAUUUGCUAUUAAACAAGCUCAGUUUGGGUUUUCAAACAUCCUUGUCAUCUUAUUCCUCUUCUAAAGUGCAUGCGAUCAAACCUGUCUACAUUACAGGCUUUUUUGUUUUAGUAGUAGUAGAGGGUGGGCUCUUCUGUUGUUUUGGUUUUUUGUUCGUUGUUUUGUUUUGUGACUUCUUUCAACUGUAAUAGAACAUUCAGGUAGGAAGGAACCUUGGGAGGUCUCUAGUCCAACCUCCUGCUCAAAGCUGGGUCAGCGUUGCCUUCCGACGAGGUUGCUUAGGGCUUUGUCCAGUUGGGUAUUGAAAACCUCCAAGGGUGACAACCGUACAGCCUCUCUUCAAAAGCUGUUCUAAGGCUUAACUUACUGCUUAGUAAAAAGCAUUAUUGCAGCAAAGUUAGCCAGCAAGAAAACAGCAUUAUUGUAUCCUCUCAAGUGGUGACUUAAGUGUCUUAUCAGCUGGAAUUCUUAUUGCUGAUUUCUGGAAUCACCAUCAUUACCCGUAACUUCUUUCUGCAUUUGGAAAUCCUGUCAGGUUGUAUUAUGUACUUGACUGGAAAAAAACCUCCAUCAAAUAAAGCACUUCCAUUGACGGUCCUCAU